AGGACUGAGGGAUGACCCAAAAUCCUGGAAGGAAUCCAUGGGCAAUGACACCAACUCCUGGAGAUGGUCAGCGACUGGUCAAACAAGCAAAACUGGUUACCACAACUGGAAUGUAGGGGAACCAAACAGUUACAUGGCAAAUGCCAACUGUGUUAUCAUGGACACUAAUGGAAAAUGGUAUGACACAGGCUGUCAUUCCCUCAGGAGUUUUGUUUGUUACGAUGUUACAGACCAAACAGAGAAAACCUAUGUGUUCAUCUCGGAUGAGAAAACAUGGAAUGAUGCUCAAGCAUACUGCAGAGAACACUACACAGACCUUCCUAUGAUCGAGAACAUUGUAGAAAACAAUGAGGUCUGUUCUGCAGCAUCAGCCGAAGUUUGGAUUGGUCUGCAUCGAGUGCCAUGGACUUGGUCCGACAACACCCAAAGCUCCUUCCAAGUCUGGAACGAGAUAUCGCCAGACAACUAUGGUGGUAACCAGUUCUGUAUAGGCGAGAGUAAUCUGCAUGAUUGGAAUGACAUCACCUGUUCGGACAAGUUCCCUUUCAUCUGCCAUCAAGUUUUAAAAUUGAAGACCACGGUGAGGACGAAGAUUCAGACUGAUGCUGACAUAACCGAUCCAGCUACUAACGCCCAGAUCCUCCAGCAGCUAGGUGAAGUGCUAACAAGUCAGGGAUGGACUGACUUCAAUCUGCAAUGGAAGAUUCAGCCCACAAAACAGGAGGAAGACAAACUCACAGAACCUCAAUGCAUUCCACAUGGUUAAUAUAUUGUUGUUUGUAGACCUACUAAAUGAUAGAUGUUCUUGUGUUGUUAGUCAAGUAAUUUGUGUAUGUAAUAACACUGCAGCGAAUAGAGGAUACCAAUAUAACAUGAGAUCAUUUGACUUUAUGUAGCAUGCUGCACAUUGAUUUAAGAUUUUAUAUUGUUUGCUGAGUAACUAUGUAAUCAAUAAUGCCUGAUGCACAAACAUGUAAAGCUGAAGUUAUAUACUGUAUAUACUGUACUGUAAUGAUAUACUACAAUACUGUGACCUUGGAUUUGAAGACAUUUUAGACACCAUGGUCCUGCUAGAUUGCCAUUGCCAAUACUGUUGUUGCUGUGCACCUGUCUGUCUGUCUUCUCUCUCUCUCUCUCUCUCUCUCUCUCUCUCUCUCUCUCUCUCUCACCCCAACUGGUCGAGACAGACGACCACCCACCUAGAGCCGGAGGAUCUGUCCUAGGUUUCUGCCUUUUAACAGGCAGUUUUUCCUUGCCCUUGUCGCCAAGUGCUUGCUCAUGGUGGUACUGUUGGGUCUCUGUAAUUAAUGUUUUAAAGAGUUCGGUCUAGACCUGCUCUGUUUGAAAAGUGUCCUGAGAUAACUUCUGUUAUGAAUUGGCGCUAUACAAAUAAAAUUGAAAAAAUUUAAUAGAUUGGGUCAUUUUUAUUGUGGUAUAGAGUUGGUAUGGAGAAUCGUGGAAUUACAUUGGUAUUGGUACCGACUAAUUAAGCACAGCGUUAGUUCAGGCAGGCCACAAAGUCAAGCUCAGCUCUCAAUUCCAGCUACAUCAGCUGAUCACAGCUAAUUGUAAACACACAUCAGCUGAUGGCUCAGCUGAUUCCCUCAAGCAUCCAAUUGGCAAAUGUCAUUCAUGGCGCCUUAUUUAAUCUGCUUUAGCCUGCCCAACUUUGUUGCUUCCUCUGCAAGCCAUUUUGCAACCCACCUCCACCCCAGCUCCUCCUUUUUAUGUUGUAUCUAAUUAAUCAAUAUCAUUUUCUGAUUGUCGUUGAUGCUUGCUCUGUUCUGUACCCUGGGGGGUCUC